GAGUUUGCGCCUCAAGUGCUGGAGCUCGAUGGUGAUGUUAUCCUUGGGGGACUUUUCCCCCUGCACUACAUAGCUCUAGAACCUGAUCAUGCUUUUACAGAUCAUGUGCUGCAUCGGAGGUGUAGCGGGUUUGACCUGAGGGCCUUUCGCUGGUUCAUGACUAUGGUGUUUGCCAUUGAGGAGAUUAACAGGAACCCCAGCCUUUUGCCAGGGGUGAAGCUGGGUUAUCGGAUUCUGGACAGCUGUGAUCACGUCCACACCAGUCUGCAGAGCAUGUUCUCUCUGAUCAAUGGUUCCUCUUCCACACAGAGAGAGGGGUCUGCAAGCAGUAACCCCCACUGCCUCUCCAGAGCUCCAGUCCCAGCUGUUAUCGGCCUGGCGUCAUCUACACCAACCAGAGCGGUAGCCCACACAUUGGGGCCAUUUGAGAUCCCACUGAUCAGCUACUUUGCAACUUGCACAUGUCUGACUGAUAAGCGGGUGUACCCCUCUUUCCUGCGUACUGUUCCAAGCGAUGUCUUCCAGGUGCGUGCACUUGUGCAGCUGAUGGUGCAUUUUGACUGGCGCUGGGUGGGCACGAUGGGCACAGAGGAUGACUAUAGCCGCUAUGGCAUCCAAGCCUUCACCGAGCAGCUGAAGGAAUGGGGUGGCUGCGUGGCUUUCCACUGCACCAUCCCCAAGGUUCCCACCCUGGCACAGAUCAGCGCCAUUGCCGAUGCCCUGGAGGCCUCCACAGCUCGGGUGGUGGUGGUGUUUGCCACGGAAGGCCAGCUGAUGGGGCUGCUGUCUGAGGUAGCACGGAGGAACCUGACUGGCUGGCAGUGGGUGGCCAGUGAAGCCUGGGUGACUGCCAGAGUCCUCACAGCUCCAGAGUUCCAGCAUGUGCUGGCUGGAACACUGGGGUUUUCCUUCAGGGGUGCCAACAUCUCUGGGCUGGCUGAGUUCCUCCUGAGAGUGAGACCCUCCCCUAACUCAGGUUCUGUCUUCUCUAACCUGUUCUGGGAGGAGCAGUUUAACUGCAGGCUGCCUUAUGGAGAUGGUGAGAGGUUGGAGAGGCCACUCUGUACUGGUCUGGAGGACCUGGAGCAGGUUGAGAGCAGCUACACAAGUGUGUAUCCAGUGCGGGUUUCCUAUAAUGUGUAUAAGGGAGUAUAUGCCAUUGGCCAUGCCCUGCACCUCCUGCUACAGUGUACACCUAUGGGACAACAAUCAGAUCAGAGAGGUUGUAACAAUGAUUCACAGUUCACAUCUGAACAGUUGCUUCGUCACCUAAGGAAAGUGAAUUUCACCAACCAGUUUGGGGAAAAGGUGUAUUUUGACCAUAACGGUGAGCCAGUUCCCCUGUAUGACAUCAUCAACUGGCAGAGAAAUGUCCGUGGGGGGAUCCGGUUCCAGAGAGUGGGGGCAUAUGAUGGUUCUGCCCCUCCAGGGCAACAGCUUGUAAUGGACAAAAACUUGAUGGAGUGGACAGGAGGGCAGAAUCAGGUUCCUGUGUCUCUGUGCUCAUCACCAUGUCCUCCAGGGACUCGGCAGUCCCCAAGGCCAAGUCAGCCCCUCUGCUGUAUGGACUGCCUGCCCUGUGCUGAGGGGGAGUUCACCAACACCUCAGGAGCCACAGAAUGUAUCAAGUGUCCUCUGUACUACUGGUCCAAUAAUGAGCGGGUGGCAUGUGUUGCUGGUAUAGAGGAGUUCCUUUCCUUUCAGGAGAUCAUGGGUAUUAUCUUGGUUACCCUCUCACUCCUUGGAGUAGCUGCGGCGAGUGCUGUCUCAAUAAUCUUCUUCCUCUUCCGAGCCACGCCUAUUGUCAAAGCCAACAAUUCAGAGCUGAGUUUCCUGCUCCUGCUUUCACUCAAACUCUGCUUCCUGUGCUCACUGGUGUUCGUGGGCCGCCCAUCACUGUGGGCCUGCCAGGUCCGGCAAGUGGCGUUUGGGAUCAGCUUCGUCCUAUGCAUCUCCUGCAUCCUGGUCAAGACCAUUGUGGUGCUGCUGGCCUUCCAUGCCAACAUUCCAGGGGCCACUUCACUGAAACGCUUCGGCCCUCCUCAGCAGAGGGCCUUCAUUGUAGCAUGCACUGCAGGCCAGGCAGUCCUAUGCAUAGCUUGGCUGGCAUUAGCACCUCCUUAUCUCUAUAAGAACACGUCAUACCAGGAUGGAAGGAUCGUGCUGGAGUGUAAGGAUGUCUGGCCUUUAGGUUUCUACAUGGUCCUGGGUUAUAUCGGACUUUUAUCCUCUGUUUGCUUUGUCCUGGCCUUUUUGGGUCGGAAGCUUCCGGAUACAUUUAAUGAGGCCAAGCUCAUCACUUUCAGUAUGCUGAUAUUUUUCGCUGUGUGGAUCUCAUUCAUCCCAGCCUACAACAGCAGCCCAGGGAAAUACACAGUGGCAGUGGAGAUCUUUGCCAUCCUGGCCUCUGCUUUCGGACUGCUGCUUUGUAUAUUUAUUCCUAAAUGUUACAUUAUUCUUUUGAGGCCUGAACUUAAUACCAAGAAAGGAAUGACUGGGAAAGCUUCAAAAUGA